AUGGAUGAAGAUGAUAUCGCUUCACGGCCUACGGGAAUGAUCCCGGACAUUUUACUGGAUGGAGACCGACUCAACAUGUUACUAGAUAUUGUGUGUGCUGACUAUAUUACAGCGUGUUAUGCUAGUCGUGAGAACGGCAAGCGGGUGGUCUUUAAGGCGCUGGAAAAACUCUACAUCUCGGUACACGCCGGAGCUCCUGUUACUGGUGCUGAUACACGCGUUCUGAGACCUGCACAAGAUCCAUUGUUUCAGGAACGAGCUCGUAUAUUCUACGAUGAGUUGACGGCGGAGUUUCGCGCUCGGAAACGAGCUGUAGAAGCUGCUACAGAUGUGAUGACACCUUCGGGAACGUCAUCGUCUAGAGGCCUUGAUGACAGCGUUGUAAGAGAAGUUAUGAAGCCCCAACUACUGCAGAUUGUAGAGGAAAUAUGUCGUGAACAUGACCGCCAGUUUUUUCUUGGUGGAGGCACGAUGUCGUCGACUCGAGGAACUUCAGCUCCAGUUACAGCAGCUGAUGCUGGAGCAAUAGGAGAGACAGAGGGAGAAUUACUGCCUCCUACCAAUGGAGAGAUCAGGAUGGAAGGAUGGCUACGCAAGAAGGGACAACAUGUCAAUUUGUGGAGAGAACGGUACUUUAUGAUUCGUUCGACGCCUAACGGCACGCACUUCUUGUGCUAUCUGAGAAAGAAAGGAGAUAAAGUGCCACGUGGAUGGUACAUACUGGGACCUGGCACGACGGUGGAUGAAGUAAGAGAGUCGCCGAGUAAAAUUGAGACCAAGAGGCUCUUUACAUUCAGGAUUCGUCAUUUGAGCCACGCCACGAAUGAUGAUGUGGAAGAAAUAGGGGUUGGAGCGGAGAUGACGCCCCGAACACCUCGUCUUGGAAAUGACCUCCAGUCGUCUCCGUUAAACUCGUCGGCCUCACCUUAUGAAAUAGAGCUUGACGCGAGGGCAAGCGUCAAGCGCGCCACGUCGCGGAAGUUCCGCAAUCGUGCGGCUGCAGCAGCGGCUGCGGCCACAGCCGCAACUGCUGUGGUGUUGACGGGUGGUCUGGCUGGUGUCGGUAUUGGUAUGAUGGGCAUGAGUAUGAGCGCAGCGGCUGCUGCUAGCGCUGGUGCAGCGGGCGCCAUGAUUGCCCAAAGCCGCAGCAAGGGCCCUAUCGCUCUUGCUGCUGAAUCUCUAGAGACUGCAGUGUGGUGGCGCAACAGCAUUCUUGAGUGUAUUGCGCAGGCUGAAGAACAGUGGAAGCGUUAUCUGAAUUGGUAUAUGGAUCAUGACCCUGACAUGGAGGAAGUUGGCGUCACCCCCUUACCUGAAAGCAGUUUGCAUAGCUCCACAGCGCCAGCCAACAGUGCUGCAAGAAGAGAGUCGGCAUCGUUGCAGGGAUAUGGAAAGGCUGGAUUAUCGUCACUUCAUCCAGAAAGCAGAUCGCAGUCGGGGUCGUUUGGGUCGAUGCCACGAUCCAUCGCAAAGAGCUUCCGGACAUCUGCUACAUUCUCGCAAGAGACAUCGUGGAAGCUGUACGAGUUCUCAAACAAACUAAGGGUUGAUACAGAACGUUCGAGCCAUCAAAGCAGCUUCGGCACGUCUGCACCCCCACCAGCUCUUCGCACGAGUCUGAAGGUGAACGCGUCGCCACGAAAGGUGUUCGAGAUACUCACAAAGAUGGACAGUCCGUUCUACACUUCUAACCAUGUUAUCGAGGAUGCGCGCGUACUGGAAGAGCAUACCGAGGAUCACAGUGACGUGGUCUAUUGGAAGCUCUUUUCAACGUCUCUGUGGCCAGUAUCCGUCAGCGCUCGCGAGCUGUGUCUGUUGCGCUACUGGCGCAUGGAGCCAGAUGGCUCCUAUUUCAUUUGCUUUCAGUCGACAACGCACACGGAUUGCCCUCGCAAUACGGAAGCAGUGCGUGCCAACGUGUUGGGCGGCGGUUUUAUCAUCUCACCUCGCAUACAAGAGAACGCUGAUAACCACUUUGACGAGUGCUGGGUGACGUUGACAAUUCAGAUGAAUCCAAAUGGAUGGAUUGACUGGAGGCUAGCGCGCUCAUGGUACUACGUCCAUGCCUAUGGCGUGUUCUUCUUGGAAAUGAUCACGGCCAUUACGGCCGCAGAAGGCAUGCAAACUUUGCGACCCGUGAUUGCCGCUUCAGACCGUCGUCGAACAAGUAUUGGCGGAAACCCACCUGUACCCAGCCAGCAGAUUGUUACCGAGAAGAAGUUCCCAAUGCUUGAAAGGUAUCGGACUGACCUUACUGUGUUGCACGGGUUGCCAACCAAGUUUUGGAGCGAGCCUAGCGCUGCAGGCUUUAUGGUGCGCGGCCCACAAUAUCUAACCUCCAAGACGAAGGUCCCAUCGGCACGGCAAGCUUGUCGUCUUGUGAACGUGGAGCUGUACAAGUCCAAUGAAGCCAUCGAGCACAUUGGGGUCUCUUCGUUUGUUGGGGAUGACUUUGAUGAGUUCGACUUGCUGAAUCCAGCAGUGGAAGACCGACCGUUUAUCUUCAUCAUUAACUUUAUGCUUCCUGGUCCGCCACACCAUUCGCUCGUGCUGUACUUCACACCAGAAGACCCAUCUGAGCUGAAAAAGAACUCGGUGUUUGCCGAUCUCUGCCAUGAUAUUCUACGCGGGCCCAACGACGAGUUGCGGACGCAGCGUCUCAAGCUGAUUCCACGCGUGGUGCAAGGGACGUGGCCAAUUCGCGAGGGUGUGGGCACUACGCCAGCCAUCUUAGGUACCAAGAUCUAUCAGAAGUACUACCAGGGCAAAACCUACUUGGAAGCCGACUACGACAUCGGUAGCAGCAUAGUAGCCACCGGUAUCCUGAAUAUGUUGCUAGGCUACUCACGUGACCUCAUCAUCGAUCUGGCGUUCGUGAUUGAAGCGCAAAACGCCAUGGAGCUACCUGAGCGUGUAUUGGGCACUGUGCGUUUGGACUGCAUGGACUUGCGCCAUGCUGUGCCAUAUCUGAAGAAAAUGGGCAAGGACAAGAAAUAA